AUGGCUGCAAUCUCAAUAGUGGGCAGAGAUGUCGCAUCUUCAUCUGUCAAUGACAAUCAUAUCGCCCAGAUUCUGUCCGUGCAAACCAUCUUCACAUUUUCAGCUGUCACGGCCGUCGCCUUGCGUCUCUAUGUUCGUAUCAAACUGAUCAAGAAUCCUGGAUACGAUGACUUGUGUAUGUCGGUUGCUGCAAGGCAUGAAUUCAAGAUGAUGGUAUCGGGGCUGCGCACGAAAUGGGACCUGGAUAUGCGCUGA